GACAGUUGCUAUUUUCAUGCAGACUGGUGUUCCUCAGAAGUCGGUUGCUGCAGCUGAUAGGAUAGACAACAUUGUGGAGGAUUCUCCUUAUAAGAUUUUUGUUGGUGGAAUUUCAAGAACUAUUUCAUCGGAGAUGCUUAUGGAGAUUGCUAAAGCUUUUGGACCUUUGAAAGCCUACCAUUUCAGGAUGAAUUCAGAUAUCAAUGAACCUUGUGCAUUUCUUGAGUAUGUUGACCAUUCAGUUACUCUUAAAGCUUGUGCUGGUCUUAAUGGUAUGAAGUUGGGUGGAAAAGUGUUAACUGUUGUUCAAGCUGUCCCAGAUACUGUUUUACUGGACAAAGAUGAAAAUACACCUUUAUACCGGAUUCCCCAGCAUGCAAAGCCACUUCUGGAGAAGCCCACAGAAGUUCUGAAGCUGAAAAAUCUGGUGGAUGCAAAUGUACUCAUUUUUUUGUCUGAAGCAGAAGUUGAAGAGUUAUUGGAAGACAUCAGAUUGGAGUGUGCCAGGUUUGGCACUGUUAAAUCAAUUAAUGUUGUAAAGCAAAGUCAAUGUUCUCUCACAUCUGAUCCUGCUGCUAUGGACACUAGUCCUACGUUGAAUGAGGACAAUAUGGAGUUUGCUAAAGAGUGUGACCAAAUUGAUCCAUUCCCUAAGAGCUCUGAUCACGAGUUGGAAGUUGGUGGGUCACAUCUCCCCAACAGCGAUGAAGAACCCAUGGAAACCAAUAGCGCUGAGGAAGCUGAAAGAUGCACUGAUGGUAAGACUCAGAUGUCAGAACCUUUAAAAGGUGACUCCGAAGAGGAGGCUGGAGAUGUCGAUGAUGCUUUUGCUGGUGGCAGUCCUUCUAAUGAUGGACCUUAUGAGGAGCUAAUAAAAGACGACACUUCUGAUCCUCUACCCAAUGAUGGUAAUGUGUCCGAUCGAGGGACAAGCUGCCAAGAAAAUUCCGAGGUUACUCCUGGAAUCUCUCCAAAUGAAAAGAAUACUGCUAUAGUUUUGGAAAGGAAAGAUGAAGAUUCUAAUUCUAGUCCAGUUGAACAUUUUGAGAUAAAUGAUCAAUCACCAGUUAAGGAAGCAAUGAAAUCAGAGGAAGACAAUGGAAAUGUAGAUGGAGCUUUUGAACCAGAAUUCUCGUCGAAAGAAGAGUUGGAUGCUCGAGAGAAACUUGAGGAAAAGACUAAAAUUUCUGUUAAUGAUGUAUUUGAGCCCGGCUGUGUACUUGUGGAGUUUAGAAGAGCAGAAGCUGCAUGCAUGGCUGCUCAUUGUUUACAUGGGCGACUGUUUGAUGACCGGACAGUGACUGUGGAGUAUGUUCCCCUUGAUCUCUAUCGUACAAAGUUUACUAAACAAAACUAAUUCCUUUUGGUCAAUUCAAUGCCUUAUUUCCUGCAGAUCUCCCCAAACUUGAACGGCAUUAACAUAGGAUUUGUCUAUGCUAUUCACUUAUCUAUCAGAUGCUUACCUGAAUGUUCACAAUUUUUACCAUAUUGAGAUGCCUUAGUUAACCUUUUGCUAGUGCGAGAGUUGUAGCAAAUUUUCUGUAUACCAGACUUGGAGCGGAAUACAUGUUUUCUCCAAGGGUGUAGAACAGGAUUUAAGGACUCUUGUCCAAGAAAUGAGCAAUUUUAAUACGUUAAAUUGUCAUUAAACUUACAGCUUUAUUUUUAUGGUUGCAACUUGCAACAUGUUACCCACCAUUUUGGAUAAGAGGAACACAGUCCUUUGUCGUCUUGAAAUCUUGGAAUUAUAUGCCUUGUGAUUAGGGGUUAGCCAUCACGGCUAUUGAUUCUAUGUUCUUGAUGAUGUUGAUAAGUGACUCAGUUGGCCAGCCCAUGUUAAGGGGUUGUUUGGUAGA